AUGCUUUUCGCGCAUGCGCAUGCCGCCUCGCACCGCCCACUCCGGAGCAGGCGCAUUAGCGCUAGCCGCCUCCAUCCGGGACGUGCGGGCGAGGGCGUUUGCCGCCCGGCCUUGAGACAUGCGUACUUGCGCGCGCCCCGCCCAGCCCGGACGUGCCGGCCCGCACGCAGGCGCGCUCCCCUUGGCCGAGCCCGCCUUCCCCGCGCGGAGGCGGGGCUGCGGCGCCAGUCCCAGUGGAUUCUUAGUCCCAGACCAAGGCGGUCCCCAUGGCUAGCUGGGCAGGGCCAGGAAAGGACACGCUCUCCACUCCCUGACUCCCAUCCCCAGGACCGGGCAGUGCUGCAUGUGGCCCUGCGGAACCGCUCGAAUACACCCAUUCUGGUGGACGGCAAGGAUGUGAUGCCGGAAGUCAACAGGGUUCUGGACAAGAUGAAGGCUUUCUGCCAGCGUGUCCGCAGUGGGGACUGGAAAGGUUACACCGGCAAGACCAUCACGGAUGUCAUCAACAUCGGCAUUGGUGGCUCUGACCUGGGGCCCCUCAUGGUGACGGAAGCCCUGAAGCCCUACUCUGCAGGAGGUCCCCGCGUCUGGUUUGUCUCCAACAUCGAUGGCACCCACAUUGCCAAAACCCUGGCCUCCCUGAACCCCGAGUCCUCCCUGUUUAUCAUUGCCUCCAAGACCUUUACCACCCAGGAGACCAUCACCAACGCAGAGACAGCCAAAGACUGGUUCCUCACGUCAGCCAAGGAUCCUGCUGCAGUUGCGAAGCACUUUGUGGCCCUGUCUACCAACACAGCCAAAGUGAAAGAGUUUGGAAUUGACCCUCAAAACAUGUUCGAGUUCUGGGAUUGGGUGGGAGGACGUUACUCACUGUGGUCCGCCAUCGGCCUCUCCAUCGCCCUGCAUGUGGGUUUUGACAACUUCGAGCAGCUGCUUUCUGGGGCUCACUGGAUGGACCAGCACUUCCGCACGACGCCUCUAGAGAAGAAUGCCCCCGUCCUGCUGGCCCUGCUUGGGAUCUGGUACAUCAACUGCUUCGGGUGUGAGACCCAGGCCAUGCUGCCCUAUGACCAGUACAUGCACCGCUUUGCCGCCUACUUCCAGCAGGGUGACAUGGAGUCCAAUGGAAAGUAUAUCACCAAGUCCGGUGCCCGUGUGGACCAUCAGACAGGCCCUAUUUUGUGGGGGGAGCCAGGGACCAACGGCCAGCAUGCUUUCUACCAGCUCAUCCACCAAGGCACCAAGAUGAUACCAUGUGACUUCCUCAUCCCAGUCCAGACCCAGAACCCCAUCCGGCAGGGUCUGCACCACAAGAUCUUGCUGGCCAACUUCUUAGCCCAGACCGAGGCCUUGAUGAAGGGGAAGUCGACAGAGGAGGCCCGCAAGGAACUACAGGCUGCCGGCAAGAGUCCGGAGGACCUCGCGAAGCUGCUGCCCCACAAGGUCUUCGAAGGAAACCGCCCAACUAACUCCAUUGUGUUCACUAAGCUCACACCGUUCAUUCUUGGAGCCCUGAUUGCCAUGUAUGAGCACAAGAUCUUUGUUCAGGGUGUCAUCUGGGACAUCAACAGUUUCGACCAGUGGGGAGUGGAGCUAGGGAAGCAGCUGGCUAAGAAAAUCGAGCCUGAGCUGGACGGCAGCAGCCCUGUGACCUCCCAUGACUCCUCCACCAACGGGCUCAUCAGCUUCAUCAAGCAGCAGCGUGAGGCCAAAAUCUAAUAAACUCGUGUCUGGUUGCAGUCCCCCUGCCUUGUGACUGGUCCCUGUCCCACCUCACUGGAGUCUGCACUGCAUGGUCCUGGCCCUCCCCUGCCCAGAGCACCCUAGAGAGGCUGUGGGUGAAUUCAGACCACAACCCCUGGAUUUGGUGUGGGUAGGAGCACAAUCAAAGCCAGUCUGGAAUCAUCACUGCCACCCCUCCGACGUCCACUGUUUGACAGUUGGCUCAAGUGUCUUGGUGCAGCUGACUGGUCUCUACUCACAUCUCAGAAAAAUAAAGAUGUCACAAAGGA